UCAAUUCGCUCGGUGGAUUGCUCGCGAGCUUGGGGCUGACGAUUAGGGAUCUCAGGAGAGCGGCUUCUCAGAACGACGUGCUCUCCUCAGGAUGCACCGACGGCAGACAGUGGCUCAGCCCUGCUGAUGAUAAUUUCUAAGCCCUCCUCGCAGUUUGAUGGGCAUUCCCAGCGCUUUUGUGCACGUCUCGGGAAGCGUUGACGUGGAAAGGAGCCGCGAGGAGGGGGAGGUUGGAGGAGAAAGCUGCAGCUCCUCUAAAAACACGGAGGGCAUGCAGGGGAGCGAGCAGGCUGGGGAGGAGGGCGAGGUGGGGGCACCUCGCACCAUGGUGGCCCGGUGCCGGCGCGGCGCAGUUUCGGAGAUGUCCCUGCUGUGACUGGACGCACCAUGAGCAUCUGGGAGCUGCUGCUGGCUUUCGUGGUGGUGGUGCUGAUGCUCGUGGCCCUGCUGGCCAACGUGCUGGUGCUGGUGUGCUUCCUGUACAGCGCCGACAUCCGCAAGCAGGUCCCGGGAUUGUUCAUCCUCAACCUCACCUUCUGCAACCUGUUGAUGGCCGUCUCCAGCAUGCCCGUGACCUUGGCUGGGAUCAUUUACAGAAGUCAGCCGGGAGGAGAUCAGGUCUGCCAGGCUGUGGGCUUCCUGGAGACUUUCCUCACCACCAACUCCAUGCUGAGCAUGGCAGCUUUGAGCAUCGACAGGUGGAUUGCUGUGGUCUUCCCCCUAAGUUACCACUCCAAGAUGAGGUUCCGAGACGCUGCUCUCAUUCUGAGCUACACGUGGUUGCACUCGGCGUCGUUCCCCAUAGUGGCAGCUUCCCUCUCCUGGGUGGGUUUCCAUCACCUCUACGCCUCCUGCACGCUCUACAACAAGAGACCAGAGGAUAGGACGCAGUUUGUGAUUUUCACUGGGGUCUUUCACGCCCUCAGCUUCCUCCUCUCCCUCGUGGUCCUGUGUUUCACGUAUCUCAAGGUGCUGAAGGUGGCACGGUUCCACUGUAAGCGGAUCGACGUGAUCACUAUGCAGACCCUGGUGCUGCUUGUGGACAUCCAUCCCAGCGUGCGGGAGCGUUGUCUCGAGGAACAAAGGAGGCGGAGGCAGCGGGCAACGAAGAAAAUAAGUACCUUUAUUGGUACUUUCAUACUUUGCUUUGCACCUUAUGUAAUCACGAGACUCGUCGAAUUGUCCUCCGUGGUCCACAUCAACGCCCACUGGGGGAUCAUUUCCAAGUGCUUAGCUUACAGCAAAGCUGUCUCAGACCCUUUUGUGUACUCUUUGCUGCGGCACCAGUACAAGAAGACGUGGAAGGACAUCAUAAACAAGAUCCUCAAGAGGAGCUCCAUCAACUCCUCGGCGCUGGCGGGCGAGGCGCACAACCGGAACCUUCCGCAGCUCAGCGAGUGAGGAGCCUGGUAUGGGAGGUGCAAAGUGCUAUCUCUUUGUGGAGCAACAGGACCUGCCCCAUCCCCAGCAGCUCUCCUCAGCUGUCCAGGUUUGGGGAGGCAGCUGUGGGCAGCGUGAAGCCCAAACCGUGUCCCUCGAGUAGCCCACGGAACAUCCAGGCUGCUCCGGACCUCCUCCCUCUGACUGGAAGAGCGCUAUUGAUCCGUGGUCCUGCAGGCUCCACAAAUACAAAUCUCCCAUUGAUUUCCAUCAGCAGCUGCAUCUAUAGAUAAAAAAAACCUAAGUCCUCAGCAGAGGGAUUCAUGAAGGUAACGGGAGCAAACCACUGCUGGUGUGAGAUUAUUCGAAAAAGCUGCACAGGGAUAUUGGGUCUGUGUUUGCCAUUGGUUGCAGGUGAAGCUCCCUCUGAUGUAGUUGCCAAUGUGGCUUUACAAAAACCACCCCACCCUAGUGGCUGGAGAAGGUUGUGUGUGGAAAAUAUCUUAUUGGGAAAAGCUUAAAAAAAAAAAAAAAUCUAAAUAUUCUUCCAGCACGCAAUGCAGUUCAGCCUUUUCUGAUAUAUAUUUUAGGAAGAAUCCUGCAGCUUGAAGGAGAAGAAAAAAUGCUCUCAGAGUGUGCUGGAUUCAGCCAUGUCUUCUCUGAAUUUUUUGAGUUAUUUACAUAGAAUCCCACUGAUAUUGUCCCCAUUAAAUUUCAGGAAAAUACAAAUGGUAGACAGGGUGGAAAGGUCAGGAUGCCUCCUGCCUACCUUCCACGUAUCUGCUCUUAAUAGCUGGAUUUUGCCCAAAGCUGCAGAUCUGGGCCCUGUGCCCAGGAGGAAAAAUAACAAAUCUUUUCUUCUGAGGGGUUAUUAAUCAUGGGGUUUUUUUCCUUACUUAAAGGAAAGAUGAGCCUAAAUCUGAGUUUCAAGUAUAAUUUCCAAAGCAAGUGGAGCACAAAUAAUAGGCCUCCCUCUCCACCAUGAAAGUGGAGCCAAUAACCUGAAUCCACAUCUGAAUGUGCAAACCUCUGGAGGUGUCAGUACAAAUCUUUAUAGCUCUGGACCGCAGUCCUGCACAGGAACAUUAUUAAUAUUUACCAUGCACUCACCUGCCUGCCCAGAUUUUAAAAUAGGCUCGGUUAAUUAGGCUUCAUGAAUGCAACGACAGCUUCAAUAACAGCUGACACAACUGGCUGUUCUGCCAUCUAUCCCUGCUCAUAUUCCAACUGUCAGUGCCAUUCUGAGGAAACAAGGCCUCAAAGUGUAAAAAAAGUGGGAUUGCUUUUUAGUUGCCACCUUCUCUCAUGCAAGAAAAGGGCUUGGUAUGUGGCAAAGAAUGUCCACUGUUGAAUUUUCUGGCCUCUGAUUCAAAACCCAGACUGGGGACUCAGUGAGGGGCUUCACCCCAAAGUCA